GGACUCGUUGACGUAUCGCUGCAACGGACUAACAGGCUCAACGCGGCGUCUACGUAUAUAUCUCUAUGGUUUUCACUCCCUCACUGCGCGCGGUGGCUGAUGGGAAGAAAGGUCAAGAAUCGAUGGCCGCGGAAGAUGAGCAUUACCUCUGUAAAUAGGAUUAUCUCUCUCAAGAACGAUGCUUAAGAUUGAACCACUCCGCCGUUUGAGAUUAACCCGGCGCGCCUGUCUGUGCUCAAACCAAAGGCAACUGUAAAACUUUAUUUAUCUCCUGGUUUUUGGACUCCCACACGACUCUCGGCUCAGCUAGCAUUGUUCGGCUAAUAGCCGCAUUGUUAUUGUUUUCGCUCCGUUUGGCAGCUUCUCUCGCAGCACUCUCCGGGGCCGAGGCAGGGGUCCGGACCGCCUGAGUGAUGUUUUGCUGCCCGGGCCGAGAACAUGGAUGAGAAGUCCAACAGCAGCCACCAGCGGCUCCUGGUCAUCCUGCUCAUGGUGUUGCUCUUUGGUGUCAUCAUGGUCCAGUACGUGUGCCCCAGCGGCUCCGAGUGCCAGAUGCUUCACCAGCUGGGGUCCUGGUUCGGCUCCGGCAGGGCUGUCGGUGGUCGGGUCGGCGGUAGCGAAAUGCCGGACGGGCCACAAAAGGAUCCGUACAUCGCGGAGGACGGCGCCCUCGCCCGCUUCGUCCCCCGUUUCAAUUUCACCAGAGCAGAUCUAAACCGCGUCGUGGACUUCAACAUCAAGGGGGACGACGUGAUCGUUUUUCUCCACAUUCAGAAGACCGGGGGCACGACGUUCGGUCGACAUUUGGUACGAAAUAUUCAGCUGGAGAAGCCCUGCGAGUGUCACGCUGGUCAGAAGAAGUGCACCUGUUUUCGCCCCGGAAAGAAGGAGACCUGGCUCUUCUCCCGGUUCUCCACCGGCUGGAGCUGCGGCCUGCAUGCGGACUGGACCGAGCUCACCAGCUGUGUCCCCUCUCGCAUGGACUCACGUGAGGCCCCCAAGAAUCAGCCCAGAAACUAUUAUUAUAUAACAAUCUUGAGGGAUCCGGUGUCACGCUACUUGAGCGAGUGGCGCCAUGUCCAGCGUGGUGCUACGUGGAAGGCCUCCUUACACGUGUGCGACGGACGCUCGCCGACGCUGUCGGAGCUGCCGAGCUGCUACUCGGGGGAUGACUGGUCGGGUUGCUCGCUGCAGGAGUUCAUGGACUGCCCCUUCAACUUGGCUAGUAACCGCCAGACCCGCAUGUUGGCCGACCUCAGCCUGGUGGGCUGCUACAACGUCUCUGUCAUGAGCGAGGAGGAGCGCUGGGCCGUGCUUCUGGAGAGCGCCAAGCGCAACCUUCGGGGCAUGGCCUUCUUUGGCCUGACCGAGUACCAGCGGAAGACCCAGUACCUCUUUGAGCAAACCUUCAGCCUUGAGUUCAUCGCGCCCUUCACACAGCUGAAUGGUACGCGUGCGUCCAGCGUGGAGGUGCCCCCGGAGACGCAGCACAGAAUCCGCCAGCUCAACCGCUGGGAUGUGGAGCUGUACGAGUACGCCCGCGACCUCUUCCUGCAGCGUUUCCAAGCGGCGAGGCAGCAGGAGCGCCGGCAGGCCAGGGAGAGGCGCCACCAGGAGAGGAGGCGGCUCCGUGAAAGGCUGACUGCUAAGCAGGGCAGGCAGCCGAAGCCCACGGGUCUGACCAAAAGCCUCGUCGCCGUCGCCGAGGAGCAGCGGAAGAAGGCGGCGGAGAACAGGGUGGAGUCUGAAGUGCUCCUCCCAGACUGGUGGGAUCUGGAUGAGAACAGCACUGUGGAGGACUACACAGACAAUGUGGAGCAGUGGUAGCAGAAGGGCGUUCCAUUACGAUUUGUGCCAAGUUCUGCCCCACUUUUUCUAAUUAAUCCAUGUUAUUUUGAGUAAAUGCCUUUCUAUCAUUUUUUUCUCCACCAUGAGCUGUUCUAAACAAAACUUUAAUUUAUUGAUACUGAUGGUACCUCAAUACAACAAAUGAUGUUCUUAACAUCCCGAGACCCAAGCUUUUAGUCGGUGUACAUUUCUUGCUUUCUCCAAGUAUGGGAUCAGUAGGACCUGAUAAUUUCAAUAACAGGUAGUGUCCCCUCAUAUAAGGAUAAUUAUCUUUGUAUUUAAAAUAUGUAUUCAUGUAUUUCAAGGUUUUCUUUCCAACAUGGUUUUGCAGGUCAUAAUUGCUUAAUUACAAAGUUUUAAUUACAAAAUAAGGACACGAUAGGUUGAAAACGUGUACAACCAUUUAAUUAUAGAUAUCAAACAUUAGUGUCCGAUAGUGUGUACUAUGAGGCCAGUAGGUCGAAGUAAAAAAAAAAAAAAAGGUACAGAGAGGCAAAAAUGCAAUGUCCUCAAAUGAGGGCGCAGGGUCUCAGGAGUUAAUGGAUACAUUUACUUGAAAAACAAGUCUUAUAACUUUUUUUAGCCUUCCAGAUUCUUCUUUUGGAUAUUAAAAGCGUGUGCACUCCCAUUAAAGGAUUUGUUUCCAUUAUACGCCCAAAGGUGUAAUAUGCUUAUCUUUUUAAAAAAACACUACUCUGUGAAUAAUGUUCUUUAAGUUUGCCAAAUUUUGUUUAGUCUGAAUUGAGUACAUUUUAAACGUACUCAUGUUUCUUUUAAAGUGUCUUCUGAGUGACAAAAAUAGAAGAUUUGAGUUGUAAUAGAUACCUCAGUUUGUAGCGUUUGUAGCUAAUGUUGUAUAACGAUUAAAUGUGAGUCUUUUUAUAUUAAAAUACUUUUACAAUUGA